UAUUUUUGUUGUGCUUGUGGGCAGUCAUCUUCGUGUUUUUCAACGAACAGUUUGUGUUUUCGCUGCAUCCAGCAGCUUUAGCAGAACUACGCAUUAGGUUUUUGCAGUGUGCGUAAAAGAAAAAUUGUGUAUUAUACUUAAACUAAAAGAAAGAGCAUAUUAUAAAUUAAACAUAGAAACUUAGAGCAGACGACAGCUGUUACAUUUAGCUUAAAGCACAAACAAGCAACAGUGCAGACGGAACAGGAACUAAAAAAUAAAACGCAUAUUCUCACGCAUACACGAGAGACGACACAUAUAAUACGCAGACCCACUCACACACACAAGUGCAAUACAAGGGCCGCUCUGGCAAAAAGUUUAGUUUAAUCUGCAUAAAUUUAUUUGUACGCCACAAAAACAGCAAACACGUUAUCUUUAGACGACGUGUUUAGUACAAAUAUAAAAAAAAAAACAACAAAAGAAUUUCAACUGCUGAACGAACGUAGCAUACUAUAAAUAACAGAGAAAAACAAAAUGUCUACGACACCAAAAUCGACAGAAGAUUUGCUGGGUGAAUCUUGGAUCGAACUGAGCACAACAGCUGCCAUGGCUGGUAUUAAGAGUCCCGACAGAAUUACACCUUUGCCAUUUGCCAGUGGGGAGGAAUAUUUACGUUUGCUGCGCGAAGCACAGCGCGAAUCAAAUCAAUCCAGUCGUGUCGUGUCCCUGGCCAGUUCGCGUCGUGACACGCCGCACGACAGCCCCAAGAGUCCGCCAAACAGUCCGCAAUCGGAGCUGUGCCCGGACGAUGAGUUGCGAAAUGUGUAUAUCAAUUAUUGGACUAAGAAUGGCGAUAAACAAAACACCGAUAAUGGAGAUUGGCUGCAGAACUGGAAUCGCGGCAACGAUGAGCAGCCACCGAAAAAUUGGAAAUUUGAGCGCUCCAAUGAUGAUGAUGAUGAUGAGAAGAAGAAGAGCUCGGGUUACUCUAUACGCUUAAAGCGUCUAGGCGCCAACUCGUUGUUCUCCCGCGAAAUUUUAUACUCAUUGCUGGUCACUAAUGUACUCUCGUUGCUGCUGGGCGCUGGCUUUGGCUUAUGGCUGAGCAAGCGCGGAAUACUCUUAACCCGCGUGGUCAUUGACUGAAAGACACCGUAAACAAUAAAACGUUUUAAUCAACAAUAUGCACAUCAUAACCAUUUACCGACAGGCGAACGGAAAGCAGAAAGAACCGAACAUUAAACGUUCCAUUUCAAUGAAGAAGCAGUGUCAACAACCAGCCAAACGUAUUCCAGCCCAUACAACACAACACAAAGAAACAAUCUACGGCACAUUAUAUUCAUCAAAUACAUCUAAUGAUAGUAGAA